AUGAAUGACUUUUCCCUCGACACCGUGACCCUGUUCACCGGGUCGUUUUUCACGAGCUGGGAAUAUUUCAUUCCGGAUGACAUGGAACAAACGCCGCAAUGGCAAUACCCUUUGCAUUCCGUGGUCAUCACUGGAUCUUCCCCGUGGACUCUGUACACGCAAAAAGGGUACACGGGUGCCAGCGCUUGCCUGUACCCGGGCCAGCAACAGAACCCGGGCCUGUACCCGACUGCAGCGUACCUCGGAAACACAGCUGGUUGGGUUGUGAAGUCCGUCAGACGAGGAUGUCAUGCCACAACCCAGUUGCGUUCCAUUAAUGCCGACGAACGCAACUCUGACGAUGUACAGCGCCAAUACCAGGGUCCACACUUCGUCCGCAUGGAAUGGAUCGCAUUCUCGUUCGUCGUUGUCGCAUUUCUAGCAGCGUUUGUGUCGUCGAAAAGCGCUUAUUAUUUGCAUUCAGAAGAAUUGACAAACGAGAUCGCGAACCAAAUUGAAACUUCGCGAGAAAAUCAAACCGAUUCACAAGAACCUUUUGCACCAAAUGUCUCAACAGCAAUUGAGUUAUCUUCAGAUGAAAUGGAAGUUGAGCAAGGACUUUCUUGGAUCACGCAAGUGACAGAACAUGCCAAUUUUGCACGCUGGGAAACAGGAAUGUAUGGAUUCCAUCCACCAAGUCAAUCAGCAAAUCAAUUUGUUUCUUUGUACGACGAACGUGAUCUAAUUGGAACUCACUGGAAUUUAGUUGGCAAUUAUUGUCCUGAUUUGAAGCUUUGUUUCCGGAACGACUUGGACGACAAAAUCUCGAGCAUUGAAUUGUCGGGGAUUUUGGCCUCUUUUGAAAUGAAAUUAGUUCCGGAUGAGAUCGAAGACUACAAAUUCGGGAUCGACGGAGACGAUGGAGACGUUUUGUGGGCCUGGGGAGUGUUGUCAGCCAAGUUGAACUUACCAGAUUACUUACUGCGGGGUUUUUUGGAGGCAACAAGGUGUGCCUCACACCUGGGUGGUCGAGAAAUCCGAGCUUUUUCGCAGACCCGAGUCAGUUCGGAAUCCGCCAAAUCAAGUCCGCGAUUCGAGGAUGCGCUCAUGGAACAAAAAAAGCUGUUGGAUCAACAACAGCGUCCGAAAAUCACGCCUUUUUCAGCUUUCAAUCAUGAAAUGGCGUCGAUGACACGGAACAGCAGUGCGAAUCGAAAACUGCAAAAAGGCGCAACGAACCAAAACAUGAAAACAAUCGUGUUUCUCGUGAUUUGCGGAGUCGCUUUCGGCGCAUCGGAAACUAGAGAUUCGAUGUCGAACAAACCUUUCAGAAACGCAGCCAGCGAACAUGGACAAGCCGGAAUCAUUGCGACUCUUUACGCAGAAUACUGCGGUGAUUUGUCACAAUGCUUCGAAGUUUCCCUGGACAACACUAUUUCCAGUGCACGGGUUUUCGGAAUAAGGAAUUGCGGCAAAGUGCCGCAGGCUGGUGAGGGUUCCGGCUUGGGCAGGUCUGGCUGCCAUUCCACUUUGAGUGGGAUAAGGUUUGCUAUUGACUGGUUGCGCAGGAUGUGUGGUGUCAAGGUUCCGUCGGCUUGGUACCUAGGUGAAACCAAGACGUCCACUGCACCAAUUUUUCCAUCCCGUGGACUUGCGCGGACUGCAACGAUCCUGCAAAGUUUCCACUUCAGGCGUGACAUUGGGGUGUCACCCUUGAAGGAUGCAACUUUGAGCAGGGCUACCUGGCCCUCCUGGGGCUCCAGAUGCGUGGGCCUGCGGCCCAUGUGUGUGGGGAAGGCCCAUAGUUGGGUCACAUACCCAACGUAA